UUUUAGACAGUCUUUCGGCAACAUUCGCGAAGUCAAGAUCAAGUUAGAGUGAGCGCUCUUCUGUUAGAGAUUUAAGUGAAAUUUUUCAAUUUAAUUCACGCUUUAUACGUCGUUAGCCCAUUUCGGUAAUGAUCGUCGACGAGUUCGGAAAUCAAAUUUCUUACUGACAAGUUCGGAAAUCAAAUUUCUUUCUGUGGAGAUUUCGGCUGAGAUUUGCUAAUUUUCAAUUAUUUCAUUUUCUAACUGAUUUUAUAGUUUUUAUGAAAAUCGCGUCAAUUUUAACGGUAGCGUUACGAACUGCGAAUAAUUCGAUAUCAUUUUUGUAAGUGUGUUUCAUAUCAACCACUCCGAUAAGUGUGUGCGACUGAUAACGGUGAAGUUAUUGGCCCAUACCGUACCCGAACCAAGUGCUCAUACAUACAUACGCCAACAUAUUUCAAUCAAUUUCAAGUGUAGGAAACUUAUCACAUCAAAAGAGAAAAAAUAACGCUUUUACCAAUCAACAAAAACAACAACAGUAACAUCAAUAAUGUACGUGAGCCGGUUGCCGAAGUUGUCCCUUCUCUUAUUGGCAUUUGCAGCCAGCCUAGACUAUGCUAACCUAAGUCCCAUUGAUGAAGCUUCUCGCCGAUCGGAGCUGAGCGAUCUAAAUAAACUGCCUACAAAACGUGAUCCGGGUUGGGAGCCAAAGCCCGAAACAGCCAGUUUCAAGCACUACGAUGAGGACUCAAUUCGUAUAGUAACCGAUCUGAGUGAGGAUCAAAGGCUCAAGUACGAUGUGGAGGUGUUGGAGGUGCGCGAUGUUAAUAAAGAGACUGCAGAGCUAGAGGAGCGCUUUAGGGGGCCAGCCAUCAAAAUGGACACGGAUAAUUUUGUUGCGGAAAAUAUAGAGGUGAAUGCGGAGGAUGUUGGUACCAAACAGAAAGUUCAAGUCGUAAAUGCCAAUGGCACCGAUAGUGCUGAUAUUGUUGAUAAAGACCUUGACGGCGACGAUGAUGAUGAUGAUGACGAUAAUGAAAGCGACGCUAAGCACAGUCACAUGAUACUCACGAUGGUGCUGGUGUUCGUGGCGUUGUUUUCGAUAUCGCUAUAUGUGGCGCUUGUCGUCUGGCGCUCGUACCUUGAACGACGCUAUGCGAUGCGCGAGUUGCUUGUCAACGACGAAGAUGACUUCUAUCUGCCGAGCAGUGUGACUGCUGACCGCCGUUGGUGAUUUGGAGAAACUCAAUCGUUUACAGACUCGUGGACUUAAUUUUAAAUUCAAUAAACUGUACAAAGAAACUGUCAUCGCCGGGCAUUUCGCGCUGCAGUGCGAGAUCUUCACUUAGUUCGUAGCUAAUUGCCAUUAAUUUCAUUUAAUUUAAUUCAGCACAAGUUUUCGCCGUAACUCUACGCCAUGAUACAUGUACAUACAUAUGUAUGUACAUAUGUGUGUCUGUAUAAAUUAAUCUUAAUGCGGUGUGCGCGGUUGCAACAAGUCACACAACCAAACCAGAUUGCCUUCCUGAGUGGGACCGGGUGAGUGUCGUGACCAAAACAAACUAGAACUGUUGCAAAAGAGGAAAGUGCGGAGGAGGAAAAGUGAAUGAGAGGAAGUCGUAGCUGCAAAACGCUGCUAAAUCUGACAAAUUUUAUUUACUGACAAAUUUUAUGCGCGACUUUCCAACAACUAGUCUAUUUACCGUUGCAAAAAUUAUGGUUAUUAUUAGUUUCGAUGAAUAUUGGUGCAAUAUUAAGCGUUAAGUUGGGCAUUUUACUUCCAUUUCAUGGAAGGCGGUAAUUGCGGCAAUUACAUGUACUAGUAAUAGUUUAUACUCGUAUGCAUAAGAAAUUUGUGGAAUUUAAGUUUUUUUUUACAAAAUAAGUUCGAUCGCAGUGCUAAAUAUUUAGUCUCAUCAUACAUAAACCCAUAGUAUUUAUGAAUGGAUGAGUAUUAUAUGAUAUACAUAUGUAUGUACAUAUAUGUAUACAUACUUUACAUGAGUAUUUCAUAAAGUGAGCUUAGUUGUAGCACUUAGUUGGAAGUAAUUGUUAAGCUGUGAUAUUGAUUUAGAACUAAUAAGAUUUCUCAUUUUUCCAUGUCACAAAUUGUUUUCAAAUCCACAAAUGAUAGUUUUAAUGAAUUCUAAUAAGAUUUCAUAGGAAUCACUAAACUACUUUUCACAACAAUAAACUACAUAGCGGGCAAUUACACAUAUACGAGUAUAUUCCAAACGUGCUUUAACGAAGGUAAUACAUACAUACAUAUGCAUAUAUAAUAUACAUAUGUAUGUACCUAAGUAAGCAUAUUCGUGUGUAAAUAGUUGUUUCGGGAUUCUCACAGAAAUAAUUAGUGCUUUCAUUUAUAGCAAGUUUAAGCGUAUAUGUAUGUAGAUAUGUAACAGAAAUAUUAAUUUUAAAAUUAUACAAUUUAUGUCAAUAUAUCUUUACAAAUAAAAUUUGAAAUAUACUAUUUUAUAGUAAACCAAUUCAAUUUUAAA